ACGAGAAAUUGUCCAUUCCGUAUCCCACGUUAUCCGGGCCGUGUCGGAGCUCCAGGGACACGCCGAGCGUAUCUCUGCUGCGUUAGCUCCGAAAUAAACAAAAAUUAAAAUUUUAAUACAUUAGCUGUAGUAAUAGUAGGAAGAAAAUUACAAAAAAUAUACUAAAUCAAUGAGUACGUAAAAUACGAUUAAAAUCAACGAGCAGAGUGCAACGGGGAUACAAACGUUCGGCAUAAGAAAAUUAAUAUUAGACUGCAGGUGAAGAGAAUUGUCAGGGGACUAUUGAUUAAUUAUAGUUGGGAGAAAAAAAUUUUUAAUAUAUAAAUUUAUUUUACAUCAAUCUGAAACAGAUAUGUCGGUCAUAUACAAAACUUCUAUGGGUGUGAUUGGUAAAUUCGUGCCGGAGAAAUUGCAGCCUUUGUGGAAACAUCCAGCUGGUCCGCAAACGAUCUUUUUUUGGGCUCCGGUAUUCAAAUGGGGUCUUGUUAUCGCAGGUCUCAGCGAUCUCAAGAGACCAGCUAGUGAACUCUCGAUAUCACAGUCAACUGCUUUGGGAAUGACGGGAUUGGUCUGGAGUAGAUACUCCCUUGUUAUAAUCCCGAAGAACUACUCUCUCUUCAGCGUUAAUGUAUUCGUCGCUUGCACAGCGCUCUACCAAGUAUCCAGAGCAAUAAAAUACCGACGAGAUUUGGCAGCUCAAGAAGCUUUGGAGAGUAAACAACAGUAAUUAGUAAAUUCAUAGACGACGAAUAUACGAUGAAGGCAUUCCUGGCAGCAGAGAUAAUGCUCUGGGCGAUAAAAAUGGACACAGACACACGCGCGCUCAAACAUACCGACAUACGUAAACGCAGGUAACUCUAGGCAAUCGUGAUAAAUUAUUGACCUUGAACUGUGAAAAAAUUUCCAACUGUCGAUCGAAGAACGGCAAACAUAUAAGAGUUAAACACACAAAUGUACGCAUACUGCAUAGUGAAAAUAAUGUGUAUAUAAUAUAAGAUACCGAUGUGUAUCGGUGUGUUACUUGUAUUUUAUACCUAUACGGCAAUUUAGUAACUCGUUGCCGGAAGCUGGUCUUCCCGCAGGUAAGAUAUAGACAAAGGUACAUAAUAUAAUAUAAUAUAAAACAUAAAUAUAAUUAUCAUAGGAAUAAAAAUUCGAUGUGUUCAAUCCUAGAUAUAAUCUAUCGGAUAUACAUCGCAUGCAUGCUUAGGUGCGUUACCUGAAAAUUAAAAAAAUUAAAACAAUGGAACAAAAGACAAGAAGAAGUAGGAAAGAAAAUAAUAAAAUUAAAAUUGAACUGUUA